UUCUGGGAACUUCUGCGUGUUUUCCGCUUUGAAUCGUCGCGCCAGAUGCUUCUGCUCUUCAAUUUGAUUCUUUUUUAUUCUGUUUAAGUUAAUUUGCGUUGAUUUUCGUCGAUGUUGUGACUGUUUUUGCUGGUUAGAUCGUCUUUAACCUGGAGUUGUGCGGUUUCUAGCUCGGGUGGCUAGAAAAUAAGAAAGAUCUGUUUUGGUAAUCAAGAUAGAUAGUAGUGUAAGGAGGUGAAAUUGAGAUUUCAAAAAUGUUAUGUCGUGGUUGUUUUUGAGUGGUAAUUGCUGAUGGAUGUCCGUUGAAUUGCUUCAGUUGAAUUUGCUUGUUGGUCUAAAUGGCCUGCUUUCUUUGAACUGGAGAUUAUUUUAUGCUUGAGUCGGAUAUUGGGAAUGCGAGUAAUUUGAGCAUGGAAACAUCUUCUCCCAUUAGAAAUGGAGAUGAGCUUCUUUCCCACUUUUCAUUUUCAAUAUGCAUGCGAUUGUUCAAAACAAAGUUGAACAUAAUGUGUUGUUAAAUUUAUAGGAUCCUCAUGAUCCUUGAUGACCUCACAUAAUUUUGUAAUAGUAUACUUUUUGCGCUUGAGUUGCUGAGAUCUUACGUGGCAUGUGCAAGAUUUGAUUCCAUGUUCAAAGAUACGUAGUUUCUUAUUGACAGAUGGGGGAGCUCGCUGGCAAUAAACAUGUCAAGUACAUAUUGUCCGUUGAAAAGCUUCACUCUAAGGGACAAAGUGCAUGUCACCUACGGCUGCUUUUACAAGUGUCUUUGGUGGAAACACGGGACAUGUUCCGCAUCUGCUGUAUACGCUCAGUGCCGUGCAAGUUUUGGCCCCUUUUUGACAAGUUACAUGUUCUUGACAUCAACAAGGAGACAGAUUACAUCAAAGCACUGCAAAACGAAGAUGGAUCUUUCUCUGGGGAUAUAUGGGGCGAAGUUGAUGCUCAUUUCCCUCCGAAGAUUCAGUAAAUGUGGAGAAGGCUAUAGGUUAUAUAGUGAGUCGCAAAACUUUGGAUGGCGGGUUUGGUUGAACUCCUGGUGCAGAGUCUCAUGAAGGGCAAAGUGUGUCAUAACCUUACGCCGGAGCUCUUUCGCUGGUUUCUAAUUUCUGAUUGGUGCUUAGUAAGUCAUGUAUUUGCUUAAAUA